CUUAAAUCUUUAAUUGAGAAUUAUCAAGAAGAAAUAAAAUGUCCAAGAAGAACGGAAAAGCUAACAAAAGUUUGUCAUCAAUAUCCAAAGAAGAACUAAAGGAUUCCUCCUUCAGCAUAGAAGAGAAUGAUGCUGUCACUCCACUGAAUGGGAGCAUGACUAAGAAGAACGGGGGCUCCAAAGUAUCGCUAGAGAGGAAAUUAACUCCAAAGAUGGAACAGAAGUUGAGAAGCCAGACUAAGUUUAACAGGAGACAAUCCAUUGAAGAGAGAGCUCAUGGCGACAUAAAAUACAAGUCAGAGAAGAAGAAGAGCAAGGUUCUCAAUGCCCUCGCCGAGACCACUUCGAUUAAGAUGGAGAAAAGGUUUAUGUAUGAGUUCGAGCAACUCUGUGAGAUUGACUGCCAAGAUGAGAAUGUUACUAAUAAGGAUAGGUUUAAGUACUUGUUCACCUCCAAAGGAUUCAAACUUGACGAUCCUAGAAUUAAGGAUAUCAUUGAUGUCGUUGAUGAACUUGAAGAAGACCAAGAUAUUGACUUUGAUAUAUUCAAGGAGUUGAUCAGACCUAUCUCUACCUUCUUUAGAGAUAUCCUUCAGAACAACCUCUCUUUAAAGGAUAUUGAAAGCUUCUCUACAUCUACUAGAGAGAUCUUUGAGAAGCAUAACUUAGAAGCUCCUAAAGGAAGCAUGGCCAAGUAUCUUUCAGAGACAUCAAAUGCAAACCAGGAUGAUUUUGCAGCUAGCAUUUGUACUGUUGAUGGCCAAAGGAUAGAAUUAGGAUCCUCUGACUCCCUAGUAUCCCUUCAGCAGAUUUCAAGUGUUGUCAGUUACUUGAUAGCUCUGGAGCAGCAUGGACAGGAAUCAUUAUCUAAGUAUAUCGGGACUGAGCCAAGCGGGAAAUCUUUUGAUAACCUUGAACUGAAGGAAGGGAUCCCUCAUAACCCUUUGAUCUCAUCUGGAAACCUGCUCUGCUGCUCGUUGAUCAACCAAAAAGAGACUAUUGACAGAAAGUAUGAGAAAUACGCUAAGGUUGUGGAGAAGAUGAUUGGUGCCAAGGUCUCUUUCAAUAAUUCUGUCUACCUUAAUCAGAAGGAAAGAGCUCAUAGGAACUUCUGCCUCCUUUACAUGCUUGAAGAAGCAGGCACUUUGCCAGAGGGCGCAGAUGUCAAGGAAAUAAUGAAUUUCUUCACCCAAACUACUUCUAUCGAAAUGAAAGUUAGCGACUAUUCAGUCAUGGCUGCCACUUUAGCCAAUGGAGGUAUCUGCCCAUUGACUGAUGAAAAUGUCUUCAGUGAUUCUGAAGCAAUUAAAGGAACUCUAUCACAGAUGUUGUGUUGUGGAAUGAACACUUUCUCUGGAAAAUGGGCCUUUGAUGUAGGACUUCCAGCAAAGUCCUCAACUACAGGAAUGACCAUCCUGGUCAUUCCUAACAAGAUGGGGAUUGCUGUCUGGUCGCCAAGGCUCAAUAAAGACAGUAACAGUGUCAGAGGCCAGAAAUUUCUGUGCGAACUGAUUGAUACCUUCGGGUUCAAUGACAUCGACCAUGUGUAUGGAGCCGGGCUCAUGAAGAAGAUGUUGGUAAACUUGUCAUUCAAAGGUACCCAUAAUAAUGACUCUAUAAACUUACUGUACUAUGCUAAACAAAACAAGCUUAGAGAGAUGAGAAAAGCAGUUGCUCAAGGCUGAAAUGUGAUGUAUGGCGACUAUGACUCCAGAACUGCUCUCCACAUAGCAUGUAAUUAUGGCCACUUUGAGAUCGUCAAGUAUCUUGUCUCUCAUGGAGCCAGGAUCAACAUCAAAGACAGAUUUGACAACAGUCCUUUGGAUGAAGCAAGAGCAGCUGAAUAUGGUGAAAUAGUGGAAUAUUUGGAAGAAUGCCUCUCAAGAUCUUAGAUUACAUUCCUUAAUUUGCCUUGUAUAAGUUUGAAAAUC